AUGUCGCUGCGCUAUUCGGUUCGCCGCGGCAACCCUGGAGACGAGGCACGGGUGGGCGACGCCGACGCGGACGAAGGCGCAUCUAGCUCAGGCUGGAAGGCUGAGAUUGAGUCCAUCACCAACGGCACCCACCCGGCGCUGGUGGCGGAGUUGGCGAGCCACAAGGCGACGAUGCAGCAGCAGAUUACGCAGGCGGAGGCGCUGAAGAAUGCGCAGACGAAGAACGUGCUCGCGCUAUUCGAGUGCGACAAGAAGCAGGUCGAUGAUGAGUACAAGGCACAGCUCGAGUUCUUUCAGAGCCGGCUAAUCGACUCGCUGGAGCAGAAGCAGCGCGCGAUGGCGAGGCAGGUCGGCUUCAAGCACGGCCGGCGCCCGGCGGACCCCGCCAAGGGCGACGCCAAGGGGGGGGAGGGCGACGCCAAGCGCGCCAAGAAUGUGGACCACUACACAGUGCGCAGCGCCGCGAUGGCGAGCGGGGACGCGCACGGCGGCAACGAGGUGUGGUACGACCGGAGCCGGCUGCAGCUGCAUUGCCACGGGCACAGCUUUGAGCGAAACGGCGCCGUCCUCGUCUAUCAGCACGGGCAGCGGCUGGAGGACGAGUGGACCAUUUCGGCGAUGAAUGCGGUCGAGACGACGCUGCGGGCGCGCGGCGCCUGCGAGGCGAGCGAUGGCGCCAAGCUCAAGGUGACCCUCUCGCAGCUGCGCAGCGGCCGCUACUCGCUCAAGCCGCCUAUGGUGCCGUCCGGCUCGCUGGGCUUGGGCUCGCGCGGACCCGCUCUCGAAAAAGGAGGCGGGCGCGGCGCCUCGGCCUUGGCAUAA